AUGAAGGCGGCCUGUCAAUGGGAAACGGAUAAGCUGAAGAGGGACGAGGCACCGAGUGCAAUUGUGUCGGGGUCUCCUCAGGAAGAUACUUUGGUCGUCGACGUGGUUUUCGGCCAUGACUUGUACCUUGAAGAAGGACGUCGUUCUCCGUACUGA